UUGCCUGGCACUGGCCCGGCCCGGCCCCUUCUUCAAGGGAAACUCCGUCUAGCAUUAGAGGAAAGGAGAGGAAGGCCCGUCACUUCACUUCUGGUGCUCUCUCGACUCGGCACUAGACUAGAGGGAGAGAGAGACCCACCACCACCACCACCACCACCACCACCACCACCCACUCGGACCUCCUGAGAUUCCUCCAUAUAUGGAUACAAUUUCGACGCCGUCAUUUUGACCCAUAAAUCUCCCUCCAUCCUAGGGUUUUCCAGAUUUCUAUCUCUCAACCCAAAAAUCUUCACUCCUCUUCAUUGCUCUUCACCAAAACCCCCAAAGUCUCUCCAAAGUGAAAUGGAAAUAAAGAUUAUCAUUGUAUACAUUGCACAUGUCCUGGAUGUUUGAUCUGGGGUUAUUUCAUGGAAGUUUAGAACCGUGAUUGGGAGGAUACAAUGGCUAAUGGGAAGAAGAGUAUAACAAAUUUUGCAAAAAUACUAGACUUCUUUGACAGUUUCUGAAGAUGAACCAACUCAACCCAGGGAACAACUCUGAUGUUCUACCAAAUUUCCCUGUGAAGCGAAAAAGGGGUCGCCCGCGUAAGGAUCAAAGCCUAAAUCGUAGGGAGGGUCCUCAGGUGCCACCUGGAUUUAAAGUGGUUAACCGAAUCCAACCUCUUCAACUAGAUGCCAUUGAAGUUGCAAAUGAUGGCAUUGUGGGCCAAACAGUUACAGGUGUAGUCGAGGCAGUAUUUGAUGAUGGUUAUUUGCUCAAUGUUCGGAUUGGCAACUCCAAUACCAAUCUCAGGGGUGUUAUUUUCAAGCCAGGACAUUAUGUUCCUAUCUCUGCAGAAAAUGAUGUGGCCCCACAUGUUCAAAUGAUUAGGAGAAAUGAAAUUCCCCUCCAAAUGGAAAACCAAACUCACAUGCAUGCCCGUCACCCUCAAUCCAAAGAUCUUCAUGGGGUUCCAACUGGUCAUUUAGCGAAUAGAUCACCUCCUGGAAUUAGAAUUGCUCCUCAAACUGCUGAUCUGGUGGCUUCAAAAGGCAAGCAUGUGUCACCAGUGUCGAGCUGUGUUGUCCCUUUUGUGGGUGGAAGAGGCACGUUGGUGCCUGUUGUGCUCCAGCCAGUCAGUUUGUCAAAUGGAUUUCUACCUCCCAACCAAGUACCUCAAAUUCCAUCCCAAGUUGGUCAUUUAGCAGCCCCCAAACACAUACAGGUACAGACAGUUCCAAGCCAAGUGCCUCACUUACAACCUCAGGCCAGCCACCAGGUACCACGUGUAGAUGUGCGGAAUGAAAAUGGUCCUUUCCAUCAAGGUGCAGAAGUUCUGUACGCAGAACAAGUUAAGUCAAUGAAACAAAUUGGGGUGUCACUUGAAACGCAUAUAAAGAACAACAUGAACGAGCCUCUUGUAGUAGAGCCCCUGCAAGCUAUACAUUCCAAUAUUCAUAAUCAUUCUGAACCUGUUCCCAAGCCUUCGGAGAAAAACAGAAUUGGCAGAAUGUCCGAGCUGUUGCAGGCUAUGCAGGAAAAUAUGAGGGAACCAGGUACCUAGAGUCGAAAACAUGGCUGCAAAGACUGAUCUUGGGGAUGAGGAAACUGUUCAAUCUGGUGCCUAGUGUCAAUGUCCAAUUAAGUCCCUGCCUUGACCUUUGUGUAUAGCAUCAAUAUUUUCUCUACACCACCACCAGAGCUACCGCCACAAGUCAGACUUCUUGUGAAGGUUUGUUGAAACCUCGAGUGCCAAAAAAACUAGUUUUAGUUAAAACUAUUCUGACUUUUUUAUUUCUAAGUUUAGAGGGGAAAAAACUGACUUUUUUUUGGGGGUUAUUGAUAAUUGUAAUCUAGUCUCAUCGUUUAAGGCCUAGCAUGUUGCCAAACUUGUGCAUUGUUCCUACAGUUAAAUUAUAAAUAUCCAAAUGCAUUUCUGAAA